UAGCAUUCCAUUUCGACCGGCUAAUUAGCAAGAGUACUUGUCGCCAAAGUUCGCCAAAUACAGUAUGACAUUUAUACUGAGAGGCACCAGACGAGGUUUGCAGAAGUUGAUAGGCUAUCUUGCCCGGCCCUGUCGCAAAAUGGACCCGUCGGAGAAAGGUCGUCUUGGUUUCAUUAGUAGGGAGCCGUUACCAGAGAGGACAGCAUUCACUGCAACACCGUGGUCUCCUAACCAGAAGCUGUUCGUCACCUACCGUGUGGUGUGUGCCGUCUUCACCCUCGCCAUUCUCAUCUGGAGCGUCCCUACCGACAGUAACCGAUGGAUCACCUUCUACUCAAACUGGAUGUACGCUACCCUGACCCUCCAUUUCUGCUGGAGCGCCACUAUCUGUCUACAGCAGUACUGCAGCACUCACGAAGGCCCGUCGCAAAGAACACUCUACAUCGGUUGGAUAAUCUACGACAUGGCCAUGACUAUUUCGUUGACUGUGUCUGCGGAGUACUGGUUCUCGCCAUGGCCUGUCACGAUCGGCCUUCGUAGUAUUCUACGGCACGGGUUGAACUCGGUCAUGGUUGUAAUUGACGUUCUACUGUGCGGGAUACCUUCACGAAUGAACCGCGUGAUAUACCCAGUCAUCCACCAAGGUUUUUACAGCGUUUUCGUGGUGUUGUACUGGCUUGGUGGGUUCAGGGGAUACGAUGGGAAACAAUACAUCUAUUCUUUUCUGGACCUGAACACAGUCCCGCUCCAAGCCAUCGGAAUCUUGUUGGCAAAUACGUUCAUAGUCAUGCCAGUGUUUCAUGCCUUGGUAUGCGCCUUAUAUCGGGCACGUUUGAAACUGUUGAAGAAGUUUAGAAAUAAAAACAACCAUAAAAUCAUUUUAAAAGGGAAACAAAUGCAAACUGUACAAACAGAAAGCGUUAACGGUAAGAUACAAGAUAGUCCUGUCGAACAGAUCCAAAUGAAUGGAGUGGCAUAUGAAACAGUUUAAAAGGGACUCAUUUUUCGAGUUCACAAUAGGCCAUUGUUGAUUUGAU